CACCCUGACUAAAGAGAGAGACCAGCUACAGAAUAGUUACAGCACCCUGACUAAAAAGAGAGACCGGCUACAGACCAGUUACAACACCAUGACUAAAGAGAGAGACAAGCUACAGACUGAGAGAAAUUUUCUUAGCGGGAGGCUUACCAAUCUCAGCUGGCAGAAGUUUGAAUCCAGUUGGUACUUCCUGUCUACUGAGUCUAAAACCUGGAAGGAGAGCAGAGAGGACUGUCUGGAGAGAGGAGCAGACCUGGUGAUGAUAAACAGUGAUAAGGAACAGACAUUUCUCUUCAACCUCAAGAAGAGAGUCUGGAUUGGUCUGACUGACUCUGUUAAGGAGGGGACCUGGAAAUGGGUGGACGGCACCACACUGACCACAAGGUACUGGUAUUCCAAACAGCCUGAUAAUGCAGGUCCUAAUGGGGACGAGGACUGUGCUGAGAUACACAAAGACCAGAGUCCUCUAAAGGCAUGGAAUGACAUGUCAUGUGACAGCAAACUCAACUGGAUUUGUGAGAAAGCGGUUUAAAAUCACCAUGACAACAUGCUGUAACACAUACAGUAGCCUACAGUGCACAGAACUUCCUCCUCUGUCUCUGUCUCUCUCUCUUUGUCUCAAACUCAGGCACACAAAUGUUGUAUUUAUUUGUAUUAGUAUAUUAAUAAAAGUCCUACUUGUUUCCUGA